AAAAAAAAGACACGAAAAUUUUUCGCUGAUGAAAGGAUACAAUUAUAUAAAACAGGUGGAGGACCUUGUGAAUCCCAAACAGAUGUAGUGCUGGAACGUGUACGAGACAUUAUUAAACCUUCUGUUGAAGGUAUUAAAAGUGAUUAUGAUUGUGAUGCUAUAGAAGAUGUUUAUACAGAUCAAAGUACAAAUGCAUGCAAGAUACCUACAAAGACAAAUUCAUGCGAGACGUCAUCAGAUUCUAUUGAAAUGGACGAGUGGCUUCCAGUUGAUGACAAUGACAAUGAUCAAGAUGAUGUUCUACUUGUAAGAGAUUACUUACAAGAAAAUGCUGGUGCUAUGAGACAAAAUUCAUUUGAUAAUGUAUCAGAUGGACAUGAAAUGACAAACUACGAUAAGGAAAAUGACAUAAUUGGAAACGAUAGUGUAUCAGAUGUUAAUGGAAAUAGCUCGGUUUUUAUGAGAGAGAAUAAUACACAACAUUGUCUUAAGAAGAGCAAUAUACAAAAUAUAAAAAAACCAGAAAAGCAAGACGUACAGAACACAUCCGCAGUACAAAUAUUAAAACGAAAAAUAAGUACUCCACUUCAAGUAAAAAGCAAUGUUUUAAAUGAUCAAUAUAAAUCUAGGAAACUUAAUAGACAAGACAAUAAACCAUAUAAGAAAAAAGAAGAAACUAUUACUUCAAGAAUGUCACAAUUUGACAUGUUAACAGAUUCAAAGAUCAAGCUUACAGAAUGUAUGACAGACGAUUUUAAAGCAAAACGUGAAAUAGAGAUGCAAAUUUUAAGUACGCGAUUGAAGAAAGAACAAUUAGAAGUACAGAUAUUAGAAAAAGAGUUGUUAUUACAGGAGCAUAGAUUACAAAGAGAGGUGCAACAAAACAAGUCAUUUAACGUUUCAUAGAAACAAAUUUUAUUUUUAAUUCGUUGAACUAAACAGUGAGAUAGUAUUGAAAGACUGAUCAGAAAGACUGAU